GAAUCUGAAGUUUAUCGCAAAAGUAACCGUCACCACAACAUGCAAGUAGAUUCGCCUUAUGAGCUGCGGCAGAUAGUAGAGCUGCGAGGCCACGAUGAUCGUGCAUGGCAUGUGGCCUGGAAUCCAGUGAAACCUCUACUGGCUUCUUGCUCAGCAGAUAAAUCAGUUCGCAUGUAUAACUAUCAUGCAAGCACCGAUCACACAGAUGUGAAUACCACUGAAUUUUCACUGUUUACAACAAUCCCCACUGGACACAGUAAAACCGUCCGUAGCAUCGCCUGGGCUCCGUCUGGGAAGACACUGGCCACCGGAUCAUUUGAUUCGAAUAUCGGCAUCUGGGAGCAGGAAAUACGUAGUGAUGGCGAAGAUGGCGAAGGAAAUGGGAAUAGUGGAGAGUGGGAGUGCAUGACAUUACUAGAGGGACAUGAGACCGAGUGCAAGAGCGUCGCUUACUCCAGCUCUGGAACAUUGCUUGCUAGUUGUAGCCGCGACAAGACUGUCUGGGUGUGGGAGGUUCAUCCUGAUGCUGAUUUCGAGUGCAUGGGGGUGCUCAUGGAGCAUAGCCAAGAUGUGAAGUGUGUCGCCUGGCAUCCAGAGGAAGAGAUACUUGCUUCUGCUUCUUACGAUGAUACCGUAAAACUAUAUAUCGAUGAUCCAUCGGAGGACUGGUUCUGUUUUGCAACGCUAUCUGGGCACACCUCCACCGUGUGGUCAGUCGCUUGGUCCCCAACGAAAAGCUAUCUCGCCUCCGCUUCAGAUGAUUGCACAAUCAGGAUAUGGAAGAGGAUGGAAGAGCACAAAUGGGAGUGUGUCCUUGUACUCAAAGGCCAUGAUCGGAGUAUAUAUUCCAUCCACUGGGGCAAGGGGACGGGAGAUGAAGACAGUAUAGGCUGGCUUGCCAGUACUGGAGGAGAUGGGAAGAUCAAUGUGUGGCGGAUCAACGAAUCACCGGAAAAUUCAGGACCCAGGAAAGAAGCUCUCGAACAUACCUUACUUGCGACUCUGCCAUCUGCCCAUGGUACUAGUGAUGUGAAUGCUGUUGCGUGGUGUCCACGAGCAGGAUACGAGGACAUGCUGGCUACGGCUGGUGACGAUGGUUCAAUCAGAGUUUGGAAGAUUGUACGAGCAUAAAUGUAAUCAUAAGAAAAUAUGUAUGGUUGUUGACCCUGGUAUCUUGGGGCAGAACGAUGUCUUACUUAUUUAUAUGCUACUUCCACACCAACGAGAGAUCGAUGCAGUUGUAGUAUUAUAGCUCCAACACAUACAUAGGGCACAUAUACACUAUCACCAACAAGAAAACCGAUUCUACCGGUAAUAAGCCAUGUCCGAGAAGUGUCUACUGAGUUACACCGUUAAGUAAAAAUACGAGUACGAGACCUUCCCUGAAUCCCCUGGAUUCUAGGACAAUACAAAAGAAUACAAUAACAUCUGAUGACUCCUGUCGUCAACAUAUCAGCUAGAUAUAAACAAGGAGAUGUCAAAAGGGUAUGGUGACGACGAGAUAGAGGCGAUGAUGAUGAUCUCUGUUAGCCUGCGUUUCCAUAGAAAGGGCGCAGUAACAGCUCCGUUUAUUUAAAACGAGCAAGCUGUAGGCGCAAGUCCAAACUCAUAUCCGUUCAUACAUGCAGAUGUAGGCUUUCGUCUUCAGAACCUCCUCUAGACUCGCUAACCGAACAACUGUGUCGCUGAUGUAGGCCCAAUCCCUCCGAGUCUUGGCUGCCGAUAAAGGCUUCUCAGAUUCGGAACCUGUGGUUUCAGAUGAAGACCUCGCAGUA